AUGAGCGAACAGGCAAAGGGUGGGCGAACGGAGAUAGCAGUAGUGGAAACGCUAGAGAUGGUGAGGAAAAGACGAAAGGAGAAGCGGCUGAAUAGGUGGAAGAGACAAGACAGAAGAGAGAAGAAGUGGUUGGUGGUUAUAGUGCUGUGGUGCCACAGUAGAAGAAGAGGGGAUCGCCACCACCGGGGCAGAGGCUCGAACGCAUGUAGGAACAUGGCCGCAUCCAGCCCCUGCCUCCCUCUAGAGGUUGGCAGCAGCGCAAGAGGCGGCACAAAGGGAUCCUGGAUACGCGAGUCAGUAUUACGGGAGAAGGUCGAGGUUGGCCGGAUUGAGGAGUGGUCUCGGUGA